AUGGGAAGUAUACCUACUGCCGCGGAUGAGGACUUUUCCAGAAACAACAACAUUGAUGUUAUUGUGAUUGGGGCUGGAUAUGCUGGUCUUUCUUGUGCCAUUGAAUUCAAGAGGAAGGGGUGCAACGUCCAUGUGGUGGAGAGGGAGCCCAAGUUACAGAUCCUAGGCGACAUCAUCACCUUGACGGCCAAUGCCAGCAUUGUCAUGGAGAAGUGGGGUGACGUUGUUGAGCAGAUGGCAGCAGAGUCGGCCAGACCAGCGAUUGUCACCUUCAAGAGCGACAAGGGAGAAGUCCUUUUAGAGCAGGACUGGAAAGACAAGUACAACGGGCACUACAACCUUUACACGAGCCGCGCUCGCUCUCAAAACCUGAUCUACGACUACGCUGUGAAGAUCGGGGUCAAGUUCACUUUUGGUACCCGAAUCACCGAUUUCUGGGAAGGCGACGACAAGGCUGGCGUCUAUCUCAACGGGGAAUUGGUGACGGCAGACUUCGUGGUUGGAGCUGACGGCGUGUACAGCCGGGCUCGUAAAUAUGUCACGGGCAAUACUCAGAUGGCCCAGCGCAGUGGCUUUGCCGUGUACCGGGCGUAUUUCCCACGGGAACACCUUCAAAAGGAUCCGUUAACCCACGACCUGGCCUAUACCGAGAACGACCAACUGAUCAUUUGGAUUGGGCUGAACCUCCAUGCCAUCAUCAUCGUCAAUGCCAGGCUGGGAUAUAUAUCCGCCUACCUCACCCACAAGGACACGUACACGGUCGAAGAGUCCUGGACAUACCCGGGCACGGUCAAGGACAUGCUCGAAGUUGUCGAGGGCUGCGAUCCCGUCUUGGAAGCCGCCAUCAAACAGAUUCCCGAGGACGUCAUUUGCGACUUUAAGCUGCUGUGGCGCGACCCGAUCGACAAGUGGGUUUCUGACAAAGGGAGAAUCGUUCUCGUGGGUGAUGCGGCCCACCCCCAUCUCCCGACCUCGGGGUCUGGGGGUGGCAUGGGCGUCGAGGACGGGGCGACGUUGGCAUCUCUGGUCGACAGGGCGGGACGUUCCGAUAUCCCGUCUGCUCUACGGGCGUUCCAGAAACUAAGGACAUCGACCACGCAGCGAAUGGGGUGGGAAGUGCGUCACAAAUGGCACCAGACGGACUGGGAAAGAGUCAAGAAGGAGCCGCAAUUUCUCAAGAUUCCCCAGCCAGACUGGCUGUACUCGGGCGACGCGGAACAAUACGGCUACGAAAAGUUCGACGCCGUCAUGGCCCAUGUCAAGCAAGGGAAACCAUUCCGCAACACCAACGUGCCGGACGACUACGAGCCCGAUGACUGGAACAUCAAGACAAUGACGGAAUUGGAUGGUAAAACGGGGACCGAUGAUUUGUACAAGAUUGCUUAG